AUGUCAAUAAGAAGAAAACCAAGCAAGUACGGUGUGUCAUCUUCUCACGCGGAUGAAGACGCUCUACCAACAGCAAAUCAGACCAGUUUCUUCCAAAAGGGACGCGAAUUCGAAAGUCGCUAUGUAAAUCACCAUUACACGGAAGAGGAAAAGGAGAAGCUCGCUACAUUUGAAAGUGUAGACUAUCUACCUCCUCACAGUGCUGUGUACAAGGUCAGUGAGCGACUCUGAAAGAAGUAAAUAGCGAACGCCACAAUUUAGCGCGGUCAAGGGUAGAGCGAGGGUGUGUGCAUCGUAGGUUGCUUCCGGGAAGGUCAAGGCAAAGCUCUUACACGUUUCUCGAUCUCAAAGUUUGCUCUCCAACUAGAAAUUUGCAAAGAGAAUGAUUUACCGUUUUAGGUGGACAUACGUUACGGAACUGAGGUGCUUGACUCACUUAAAUCUAGGGUGUCGUAUUCAAAAUAUUUUUCUUGUUAGUGCAUGUUAUUGCUUAACCCAAGAUCUGAUUGUUAAUUCUCCCUUAAGCAUCUACACAUUUCUUUUUAAGGAAGGUACAAGAAUUUGGUGUUAGAUCAAGAUGAAAACUUCUACCUGACAAAUUUUGAUUAUUCUCAUUACCUGUUUGCUGGAUAACAUAUAGAUAUUGUAGGAAGAAGUUGCAUGUUAAUCACUUCUGGAGGUUGAAGGGGUUAAGUUUGACAUGUAUAAUAACACUUGAAUCUAACGUUUACCUGCUUUUAGGGUCAUACACUCCAUAACUCAGUUUGCUUAUGUAUCUCACUUAUUGGACAUUGUUUUGAAUGGGUCCAGGGUUUAAAAGGCCUCAUUGGCAUGCACACUUCCCUCCAAAACUCUUUCUAAGUGUCUCCCUCCUUCAGGAGGUCGUUUGUUAAUUUGAAUGAUUUAUUUGUUAAUUCUAGAACUGGUUAAAGCAGCAGCCAUCACGUCUUGAUUGGGACCGGUGGGUGAUGAUGGGAAUGAUCGGAUUCUCAGUUGGAUUUAUUGGAUUUCUUAUGCAUCAACUUAUUGAUGUCAUAUCAGAGUAUGUCUUACUGAUGUUGUAUUACAAAUAUUAUACAGUCAUGUCUUUUAUCGAAAAAAAAAAUCUUAUUUAUCCUUGUUGUGUGCAAUAUAACUUGAUGAACACAAAUGUUCAAUUUGAUGUUUGAUGUAUAUCUUGGCAUAUGCAAUUCUUAGGUUGUGUGCACAGCUUUUGAGUGCAUAGAUUGCAAAUGCAUGUAAACUGUUGUAGCUGUGUGUGUCGAGUUACAGUCAAAUCGCUGCCAAUGAAGAUGUAAAAUAACCUGGCAUCUAAAGCUCAAAUCAAGUUAAAAUUGUGAGAAAUAAUCAGUCAAUUUCUGUUUGCACAGGACUUUUCAGUGGGGUUGGCAGUUAAGGGGUUCAUUAUACAGCUCUUUCAUAAAUGAUAGGAUUCAACACUAAUUAUUAUUUUAUUGACAUGCAAAUUAUAACUUAAGCUGCUUUCCAUCCUUAUUUGUUGGUAACAUUUUAUAUUAUUUAGAAAUGUUGGCCAGAAAGCCUUUUAAGACUUAUUUAAUCCAAGGAUAGGCAUGGGAUUUUCAGAAGAGGUCUUCUUAAAAUUUGCUAAAUUAUUAUUAUUAUAAUAAUUUAUUAAUUUGAAAGCUUAAAUGUACACAUUGGCUGUCUGUUUUUUUGUUUUUUGUUUUUUGAUUUUUGUUAAAGCAAGUCUUUGCACUCUUUAUCUAUUGAACAAUGUAAUAACUGGCAAUGGCUUCUGGAAGAACAUGGAAAAGGUUUACCAUACAAUAACUGCCUUUCCUUUUGUUGUUUUUAAUUAUGGUAGAGAUAAUUAUUUUGAUAUUAAGCAUGUUGGUCUAUCACUGGUAAAGUCACAAGGUAAAGGUUUGCAAGUGACCUGCAAUGAAAGCUUCAGAGCUAUGACCUGUAAUAGUAAGAAUCUCAUUACUGAUAUAAGAAUUGUUGAAUAGUGUAAAAUACAUAUAGUUUACACAGUAUGUAUGUAUUUGGUAUUUUUCUUCCAUUUUCAAUAGAGUGAAAUGGGACAAAGCCUCUGAGUUUAUAAAGGUAUGUGAGUAAAAAUUACUGUGGUUAUGUUUUCUGUUUCCUUUCAUUUAAUGUUCACUCGAAAGAAAACUCAAAAUUGUUAACUAAAGGCAACGUACUUAAAAAACAAACCACAUUAUUUGAUUUAACAUAAUACCAAAAACAUUGAAAAACCCUAGAAAUAUUACUCAUUAAUUAGUGAUUCCUUUCCUUUCUGUGAAAAUUACAUGUAAACAAAUCAGUUCUUUCUCUAUAGGAUCGUGAGUUUGGCUUAGCUUGGAUAUGGGUCAUUGGUUACAGUGUACUUUUUGUCGUAGCAAGUUCUGUUCCAGUUGUGGUGGGUAUACAACUUAAAAAUUAAUUUUUCUCUCUGACUCUUUUAUUCCCAAGAUAUAGAUAUCAAUUCUCUACAGUACUGUCUGCUGUACUUUUUCCAUAAUUUUAGCUUUGAAAAUUUCAUCACCUUUCUGCUUAAGUCUGUUUUCAUUUUUGGAGAAGAAAUUCCUUUUUGGUUCUUUAUGGGAGUGAUAUGGGGAUUCCUAAUGAAAUAAAAUGAGAAAAUAAAGUCAGCAAAGAUUUGUCUUCUUCUAAACAAUAAAACUUGUUUGAUUUUUGGUUCUAACAGUAUUAUCGUCCUUCUGCUGGAGGUUCUGGCAUUCCUGAACUGAUCGGUUUCCUAAAUGGCACAGUAGUGCGACACAUCUUUAACCUCAAGACCAUGGUUGUCAAGUUUUUCUCCUGUGUUUGUGCAGUUGGUGCAGGACUUCCUAUUGGUCCAGAAGGUCCAAUGAUCCACCUUGGGUAUGGUUUUCAUCAGAUGUUUGUCUAUGUCUCAAUAUGUAUCAGAAUAAGUAGUAACUGAAAUUAUUGAAAAAAGUCUUGGGACACUUGAAAGUAAUGUUGUAAGUUUUGUAAAUUGUAUUAUAUUUUCUUUCUUACAGUAAUCAGCUUAAAAAAAUUCAUAUUUUUUACAUCCACUUGGCAAUAUUAAAUUAUCUAUUAGUUAAUAAUAUAGGGUUCCUAGGUCAUAAAGUGGUUGCCCAAAACGAAAAAGGAAAAAAGUAAAGGAAAAAAUGGAAAAGCACUCUUUGUUCAAUGUUAAUACUAAUGAAGCAUUUCCAACAUUUGGUGUGUGCAAAUGUUUAUCUCACUGUAAGUUUAGACCAUAAACAGUUAGUAGAUGAUAAAAAAAAUACAGCAGGCUACACGGCUGCUAAAUACCUCUCACCAUUGCAGCCAAAACAGCAGCUGUAUCAAGUUUGUAAUUAAGGUGGCUCCAGACCUACCAGCUGUUUUCUGUUUUGGGCCCUUAACGAUUUAAGCCUGAUUAUCCUUUCUUUCAUCCUUUAUUCUUAAUACCAUGGUGCAUGAUUCAGCAGUAUUACUGUGAAGAGAAAUUAGAUGCUAGUCACUCUAAGGGUUUAAAGGGUUAACUCCCAAGAUAUGAUUGUUGAUCCUCCCCUCUAGCUGGUACUCAUUUUCUUGGGAAUUGGGCCAUGAGAAUUUGGUGUUAGAUCAAGAUAACAACUUAACCUGAUAAAUAUGAAUAUUCUUAUUACCUGCUUGCUGGAUAAUGUAUGGAUGUUAUAGGAAGAAGUUACUUGUUAAUCACUUCUCGGAGUUAAAGGGUUAACAAAGUGGCAGUGACAAAGUGCCAGUGAUCAGAAAUUGAGAGAAGGUUCCAAUUUUAUUACAGGAGUUUGGUUGGAGCUGGUCUGAGUCAGUUUAAAUCACAGACUCUUAAGUUUAAACUGCCAUUCUUUGAGAGGUUUCGAAACACAGAAGACAGGUAAGCAGUGAUUUCAUCCUUCUCUAUCAAUAUAUUUUAUCCCAAGAAACCGUGGGAAUUUCAGGCAUAUAUUAAAUGAUUUUAUUUAUCAGUUCAGUCAAAGUCAGUCAACCAGAAGGCCUAACUAUCCUAAUAUUAAUCACAUCAAGCAUCUAAAAAUCUUCUCACUCCCCCAGGGAUACCAGUUAAUUGUGUGAGGGGUUCCCCUCCUUCACUUUCCCCCUAUUGCAGUUGAUUUCCCAAAUUUAUUUAAUUAGAGAACAUCAUCCAUUGCAGCUGUAAUAGCAUCAAGGAUCUAGAAAUCUUCUCACUCCCCCAAAAACCAGUCAAUUGCACAGUCAGGUUCCCUGCACUUCUGCGGUUGUUUUUUUUUUCUUGGGAGUCUGCUUUUUACAGGCUCGAUCUUUGUGCAAUUUCUUAAAUCUCCUUCUGCAGGUGUAUUGGUAUUAUUUAUGUAUCAAAAUAUGGUUUAUUUACAAUCAUUUAUUCAUGAACAGAAUAUGAUGGUUGAUAUUAUCUUGAACAGGCGUAACUUCAUCUCAGCUGGUGCUGCUGCAGGUGUGGCCUCAGCUUUUGGGGCUCCAGUUGGUGGCCUGCUGUUCUCCAUGGAAGAAGUGUCGUCUUUUUGGAACAUGAAAUUGUCAUGGCAGACUUUCUUUGCUUGCAUGGUAUCUACAUUCACCACUGUGAGUAAUAAUCUAAUGUACCUGUGUAUUGUAGAAUUGAUGUCGUGAUCCCUUCCUUACUUGUGAGAUUUUUUAAGUCACCAAGACACAAACUGCAUAGGUGAUAAAACAUGUGAAUCUGAAAAUUUUGUUUUGUUUACUCAGUAAAUCUCUUACAGUGCUAGGAAAUCUAAUUGCCAAUGUGCUAAUACAAUUACCAACUUAUUUCUAUGGCAGAAUGUGUUUUUUAGUUCUUGAUUGAUAUAAUGUAAUCAUGAAUUCUUGCUGUUUGUAGGACUUGUUUAAUUCAGCAUUUGAAGGCUUCAAGUAUCAAGGAGAUUUUGGCUUGUUUAAAGCAGAAAAGAACAUUUUGUUUCAAGUGAGUAUAGACCAGAGUCAUUCUGUAAGGAUGCUUCUUUUUGCCCAGUUGCUCUCAAGCCAGCUAUAAGCCAGUCAUAAGGACAAUGCUUGGCCCAAUAACAAUUAUAAUAAUAAUAAUGAUAAUAAUAAUUUAUUUAUAUAGUGCUAUUUCUAUUGCUAUCCAAUAGCACUUUAUAAUGACUGAAACAAACAUAAUGUGCUUGAAAAAUCCUAAGUGGCAGGAGGCAGACCAGUUGCUUAUUUACAUAGCACAGCCAAGGAGUUGAACUUGAGGGGACUGAGAACAAAUCCAGUGAAUGGCAGGGUGGAGGACUUGAACCCGGGCCCACCAGAUUACAAGUCCAGAGACCUAACCACUUAGCCAAGCCACCUCCCUAAUGUGUCCCUUCUUAGUUCCUCUAGGGCUGUGCUAAAACUUUGAAAUAUUUGAAACUGUUCCCAAGCUACUGUGAUAUCUUAUAUCUGUUUAGUUGGACAUGAUUUAUUAAACCUGCAUCAAUUUUGAAAAGGAGAUUAGAAUUAUAGUCUAGAAAUAUCAUGAAUCUCAGCCAUGUGGAUGAUACAGUGGUCUGACUGUGAGAACAUUUGAGUUGUAGUGGAGAGGUCUGGGCCCAAGACCCAACAACUGUUGUGUUCUUUUGCAAGACUCUCAAUAGUUACAGUGCUCCAUUCCACCCAGGAGUAUUUAAUGGGUACUGGUGAAGUGACAAUGAUCCCUGGACAUAAGGAGUGCCCCUAGUUUCUUUGCCAUAUGGAAAGCAGGAUGAAGUUCAGCAUCAUGUGCCAUACUUCUUCAGUUAACAGAAUCUCACACUUCAGCGAUAGAUGAUUUUUUUCCUACACAAAUUGAUGUGGAUAACAAAUUAUAUGGUUUCUGGUGUGAACGUUUCAUCAAUCUUGUUUGUUUGUUUCUGUCAUUUCUGGCAGAUUAGUCAUGGAAUUGGAUUAAACAUCUUGGCUUUCAUACCAACUGUCAUUCUUGGAAUAAUGGGGGGUUUAUUAGGAGCUGUGUUCACUUUCCUCAAUUUAAAGGUACAUCAUCUUAAAGUUUUGCCUAUAAACAAUUAUAUUAUUAUUAUUGUAUGAGGCUUUUGUGAUAUCCAGAACAAUCAAGGUCGAGGUAGGGGUUAUAAGCCCAAGGCUGAGGCUGAUAACGCUUAUCAAGGCUUUGAUUAUUCUGGAUAUCACAAAAACCGAAUCUAAUAACUGUUUUACUGUACUUUGAAGGAAAGAGAAAUGGUCAUGACAGUAAGUGGAACUGAUAAUUAUUUUAUUUAUAAACGUGUAAAAAUAUACAAAUCAGCAUGCCACUCAAGGCGCGCGAACUUGACAUGAUUACCCCUUGAAAUCAUGCACUGCAGUCCAACAUAACAUAAUUGCCCGUCACCUUGAGUGACCUUCACAUGAUUAUUGUAUAAUAUGCAGCUAGAUGACGCCUCUGGCGCUGAUUUAAAAAAUUCACUGUACGCUUUCGGCCAAUCACAAAACAAUGUAGUGAGUUGAAUGUAUAAUAAUCGGAGAUAAUGGAUUUCUUGUUGUCUUAUUUCUUAGCUUCCAUUUAAUAGAUGAUUUCUUGUAAAUUUAUUUCCCUCUAGAUUGCACGCUUUAGAAGAUCAUGGAUUGCAAAGAUUAAUUCUAAACAAUGGAAAAACAUUGCCAAAGUGUCAGAGCCAGUGUUAAUCAUGGUAUGUUCAAAUAGGGUUCAUGUUGCUGUGCGUUUGUUCAAUAAUAGAUCACAGAUGACUUCAAAAUUUGGUAAGAUCUUUAAUUCCUAGUUUCUGUAAACUUCAUCGCCGGGCAAAGUAUAAAAACUGAUUUUCAUCAUAAACGGAUCUGAUAAAUAAUGGAAUUCUCAAAAUCAUUAGACCAGCCAGUUCUGACUGACAGUCAUAGCCGUCCUUUAUAUUUCGGCGCAUGUCAGAGUUGUUUUUGAUGAGCAGUCUGACAACUUUUUUUCCUUAUUAACUUAAUUAAGGUAAAUAAUUAUAUUAUUACUUAAACUUGUUUCACAGUUUGGUGAUCACGCACAGGGUAUGUUUCCCAGAUUUGUAAAAUCGGCUUUAAAUUUAGAACCACCUUGUACAGACUGUUCGAGAAUAGAUCUCAUUUCAAGUGUAAAAAGUCAUUCCUGAACAGGAACAUGACCUGCCAAAUUCAGGUUAAGGAGGGUCGUCAUUCUCCAUUAAACUACUUUCCUUGACAAAACUAACCGGGAUCUUUUGUUUGACAGAUAAUCACUGGUACAGCGUCAGUUUUUCUUCCUGCGGCAUUUCCUUGUACGCCGUUCCAUUGUUCCUUUACAUCAAAAGGAUAUAGGUAUAACACUCAAUUUAUGUUCUUCGUAGUAUCUCUCAGUUAGCUUUGUGUAGAAAAAGUCAGUCCAAAAUAAAAGAGCCAUUGUUUUCAUUUUAUUUAUUUUCUUCAGUCGAAAGUGUUUGACAGACACCCAGCACCCUCUACACACAGAAAGAGAUGUAAGAAACUACACAUGUCCUGCUGGUAUGUCAGUAACGAUUAAUGGAACUCAGUUCACCAACUCUUCUUAUAAUGAAGGUAAGAAUCGUUGGAUAAAGCUGAGGUUUGUAUUUUGCGCUUCAGUCAGAUGACUUUUACGAUGUAGCUUUUACGUCGCCAUAAAAGUUGCACAACGCUCGAACACAGUGCGAAACCUGCAUUCGUGUGAAAAAUUUGUCGCAUAGAAAGAUCUUGUAUUAACAAGCUCCUUGGGUGCCUUCAAGCUUUCAAGCGAAUUUCGCUCCCAAAAUAACUUAUUUUUGUGACGACGGUUGGUUUGAGAGCGCUUUUUGAAAGUGUGUCGUAAAACCAAAACCAAAUUAAUCACUACAGCCAUUUAGAAGAAAGGAUAAUAGCGGGGCUCGCAGAACGUAGCCCCAUAAUGAUACAAAAUGGUAGUAGUAACCCAUCAAGCCGAAAAAAAUUGGACUCAUGACCGUACGGGCGUCCGUACAAGGUGCUACUUUUAACAUGCGUGAUUAACUGUGCCGCGGGCGCGCCAACGCCACGGCUUUGUCCAGUAGUCCAGUGGUCAGUGCACCGGGCUCCGAGUCGGACGACCCGGGUUCUAGUCCUGGCCGGGGCAAGGCGUUGUGCCCUUGAGACGUGAAAAAAUGCGAGCUCCGCAUUUAGGUUUGGCUAAAUCUACAUAUAACCUUUAAGAGCCAAUGAGAGCUCAAAGUAAAACAACCUAACUGCCUAAAGCGCGGGAAAACGCGCGCGAGCAAGUCGUGAUUGGUUGUAGUUUUGUAUCUGAUUGGUUAAGAGAGUGGCGCGCUUUUUCUAUACCGAUCACAGAGCGAAGUAAAAUAUAAAACCAAUGCAAGAACGGAUUAAUUUCGACACUAUUGAAAAUUGCACCAUUAGGUUUGAUUUUCUUCCAUUUCUAGGUUUGCUAUAAACAGUUGAUCUGUGAAUAGUUCUCUUCAUCUCUUUUACUUACUAUAUUGGUUUUUGUAAUUUAGUGGCUACGCUGUUAUUUUUGACGGGAGAAAAAGCCAUUCAUCAUUUGUUUUCCAGAGACACAGCUUACGAACUUGGAUAUGCGUACGUAUCUUCAUAUAAAUGAUUUCCUAUCCUUCUGCCCCUUAACGAAAACUGUGGGAAUCAAAAUGAAGACCACUUUAUUCCUGUGAAAUAGAAGGAAGAUAAACCGUUGAAAUCAAGGUGGAAAACGUUUUUACCACUCCUUCUAAACCCUGUCAGAAUGAUAUGAUCAGAAAACAGUUACAAGAUACUUAAUAAUUCCUUAUUCUGUUAGAAAUACCCCUCUCUAAGUAAGGAUUUUAAUAACACUUUGUUCAAAAAGACCCAAAAAGCUCUGUUUAUUGAAACUUCUAGUUGCAAAAUGUUAAUCAUCAUUGAAAAAAGAGGGAGAUACUUGGAAGAACGAAGAGACGACUGUCUUUUUUUUUCUCUCCUCAGGUCUCUCUGCUCUGUGUUGGUUAUUUAUUUUUUGCUCGCGUGUUGGUCGGCUGGCAGUGCCAUUUCAAGUGGUUUAGUGGUGCCAAUGUUGUAAGUAUACAUAUCAUUAAUACUUAAGACUACAGCGUAUGUGGACUGAGUGCGGUUAUACGAAAACCAAAGUGACCAUACUGGCCAAUUGAAACAACAGAAAAUAUCUUGAGAAGCCAACGAGAGCUCAAUAAAAAGAACAAGUUAAUUGACUGAAGCGCGGGAAAAUGCGAGAUACUUAGUCGUGGUCUUAGGUUUUAAUUUGAUUGGCUGAGAGGGUGGUGGACUUUUUUUCAAGACCAACACUCAAAUCACUUAGUAAAUUAAAGAAAACUAACUGUUCCCAGAACAGUACUGUUUUCCAGACUAUUUUGUCAGCAUAGUGGAGACGAAAACUUGGCGCUAAAGGACAACAUUGGGCUAGAAGACGCACAGGGUCUCUUCCCUGGGAUUUUUUUUCCUCCAGUUUCCCUGUGGGUCCCUCUUGUAUGUUAAUUUACAGAAAAGAAUCAUAGAGAAAGAAUGUGAAUAAAAGAGAAAAAUGAAAUUGAAUGUCUUGUCCGUCAGGUUCAUAGGUGGAACAUACGGCCGUAUUAUUGGAAGAGCUAUGGUGGAUUUAUUCGGUUUCCACUCUACAGGUGGGUCAGUACAAGAAACCAAAGUCAUCUUUUAGCAUCUUGAACCGCACAACUGUCCGUGCCUUUUUCUUGCCUCUUGGGUAUUCAUUUAUCACUGGUUACUAUAGUUCAUACGAACCUAGUGCAAAGUUCAACUUACCCACCAGUUCUCUGUUGUUCCGUGGUAGACAAUCCCAGAAAGAGAAAUACAAACGUCUGAGGUUCUAUUCCUCUCUGGCGAUUCGGAUUUUCCUUCGACUCAAACUCGUGAGAAAAUGUAUUAAAUGUUCCUUCAAUGCUUCAGUAUUUUGACACUUACUGAAGGAAAAAUAUCUUCUCAAAAUUUUUUAUUGAAGCCUGUUUCUCAAAGGAGGGCAUCUGCUUGCGUCCACAGCCCCUUUUCGUGGCUACACCGUUCGUAUUUUUUAAACUUUUGGGGAUAUUUCAUUUUAGGUUACUGGGCUUGGAUGGACCCAGGAGCUUUUGCUCUCAUUGGAGCGGCGUCAUUUUUCGGUGGUGUAUCAAGACUGACCAUGUCCUUAACAGUGAUUAUGGUGAGUGUGUGAUAUUAGUCGCAGGAAGUAUAUCUAGCGUACGGGGAGCCAUCAAUCUGGGUUAAUACCGGUUUAUAUUACAGAUCUCUCUAGGGUUGAGUUUCGUGAAAUAUCGCAUAUCCCUUGUAGUCAUAUGUAAUUUGUGUGAUACUUGUUUACUCCCUACUUUUCCUUCUUUCUCAGAUGGAGAUCACAAAUGACAUUCAGUUUUUGUUACCGAUCAUGGUCGCCAUCAUGGUAGCUAAGUGGGUAGGAGAUUUUGCUACUCAUCCGUUGUACCAUGCUCUGCUGGAGUUGAAGUGUAUUCCCUUUCUUGACUCUGAGCCUGUUAUUCUUCACGAGGGAUCCAAAGCGUGAGUGGCAAAUAUUUAAACGCAAUUUUCAGUUGCAUCGAAAGUAAUCCCGAAAAGCAUUGGUCUUGCGAUAACAUGCUCUGUGAUUGGUUCAAAAAAACGCUUACCACUCUUUCAACUAAUAAAAUGUUAUCAGCGCAUUUCCGCGCUUUGGCAAGUGGCGAGAAAGCGCGGAAGGCCCAAAAGUAACGGCCUUUUAACUGUUUUAUUUCUUCUUCUCUUUGGCUCCGUGUGAAACUUUCUCUUGUUCCUUUUGGAGCUGUGAUCAGAGUGUUUUGGUUUAACGACACUCAAGUGAGGAGCACUCUGCAUCGUGUUUCGAACAAAGGAAAUAUCACUCGGAGGCCAUAGUAAAUUCAAAUUAGGAACGCGCAAACUAUCCGAAGCUCGGGAAAAUGUGAGAUAAUAGGUCUUGAUUAACUUUGGUCUUUGCAUCUGAUUGGUCGAAAGAAAAGUGCGAGUUUUCUAGACCAAUCAGAGAGAAAACUGACGUAAAACCAAUGCAAUGCGUGAUUACUUUUGGUGUCUUUAAAGUUUGUUCUUGUUUAACACUCAGUUCAGACCUCUUGUACAACGUCUGCGUAUGCAUUUACACUUUAUGGUAAGCGGUUGAUCCUGUAGGCGUAUGCAGAGGUAUAUAUGACAACGAGCAUAUUACGCCUUAGCAAAUAAAGUCAUGUAACCGGCCUGAAAUAAGGGAAAAUGCGAUUGGCCAAGGCACGAUUAGUUUUGAGUCUUUUGGCACGUUUUCUAGACCAAUCACAGAGUGUAAUGGAGCCACGCCAGGACAUUCCUAGAUUGUUCACAAUCUUAUUUAUUUAUAAAAUACACCUUAUCAACAUUUGCUUCUUGUUUUUAGGAUUAACUUAGAGUUGUUUCGAGCUGGCGAUGCCAUGUCCUCUCCUGCAAUAGUAAGUAGAUUGAUGUAUACCGUUUGGAAUGUCGCAAAAGACGAAGUGAUCUUUACAGGUUAAUUGUAAUCAAAGUUUCGACAGAAAGUAGAAUAUAAAAAAAAAUAAAUAGGCUUUGGUGAGGUUCGAACCGGUGCCUCUCAGACAUCUUUUGGGUGUUUCUAAAAACUUUGCAACGAGGACCGACUCGUUUUGGAAGCGAGGCAAAUAUUCCGCGCUUUUCCUUCAUACAGGUGUCCGAUUACAGCCAACUGUCCGAUUACACUGUCCGAUCACAACUCUACAGAAUGAUUAGUGAAAAAUAAAGCACCCUAACUCUAAGCAAUUACUACAGCGCCAAUCACAUUUGAGGAAAUUGUAAUGGUUAUGAUCAAUUUGGGUAGAGUGCGGCUUGUUUGUCAGGUCUUAACCUUAGGGACCAUGGCAGUUAUCUUCUUGAACCUGAGCGGACGGUCCUUCCAUAUCCUGACGCCUUUUUUCUCUCGUGUAUAUAAGGUUGUGCACAAAGUGGAAUCUGUGUCUCGCCUUACUCAUUUGUUGUUUGACACACCUCAUGGUGGGUAUCCUGUGGUCACUAAGACAGACGCAGACUAUGAGGUGUUCUCUGGACUGAUAUCCAGGUAAAUAUCACCAGGUUUUUUUUCUUCUUAGACGUAGGGGGAGGGGGGGAUACUCAUGUAAAAUUCAGUUGGGGAUGUGAGAUUUUUCUUUAAUCAAAACCUUGCCCUAUGUCAGAUCAAAGUAAGAGAUUUCUCUUCGCUAUUUUGCGACCUGAAAGAAUUGCGACGGUGCAAAAAAUUUUUAUCAAGCUCCAUUCUACCCCCCACUCUGCGGGUAAAACAAAACUUACCUUAUUUGAUACCCAAACACAUAAAAUCUUUGACUAAGCUUCGACGAAAAGGGGUCGGAAAAGUAUGCUUUUUUUACCACAUAUACGCAUAUGGGAUAUCGCGGGAGUGUCCGUUUCACGGUAAGGAAGAGCAGAAAGGCUCCUUAUUCCGAGAAAAUACAAGUGGUUGAAGGACCUUUGGUGGUAUACCACUCGAAAGCGCUAGAUAAUUAGUAUUAAGAAUUCAUGUAGACCCUCUUUUCCGGUGUAAUGUGAUUGGCGAAUUAAAAAAGGCAGCGUCCCGGCGCUGCGUGAGAACCCACGCCUGACACGCGCAGCCUCUGUAAGGGAAAUAUCUUGAGAUGGGCGCGGAGAGAAGAGAGAACAGCUAAUAACGGAUUUAUUUUUUGUGCUACAAGUAAAUCUACUGAGCUUGCUAUGCGUGCUAUAUGAUAGUUAUUGAACAUUUUUACUUAACCCAGAAGACUUUCGCGACUUCAUUUUUGAACUGUAUAACAUCAAUUGCCUCUGUUCACAAGUUCUUUACAGUGAAGUAAAAUUAAUGGAAUGGAGAGGCUGCACUGAGUUUACAAUGUAGAGCGUUCCCAAAGUUUGGCAGAGAUUUUUCUGAAAAAAAAGAUUUCUCCCUUCCAUCAGACUCGUAUAGACUAACCAUUGUUUAUCGCCGGGGAAGGGGUAGGAGGAUUUUGUGGGAUCACGUGGUUUUCAGGGGGGAAGGGGGGGGCUCAGUCGUUACUAACAGAGUAUAGAGGGGACUAUAGAAAAUUGACUGCCAGUAAGAAAGGAUCGGUAUUAUCCUUAAAGACCUUUGGGGGAUCAGGUAAAUUUUCUUGUGACGCAGCUAAAAUCCCCGACCCCUUCCGCCCCCGCCCUCGCUGUUAAAUAAUGACCGGUUCCUCAACACAAAAAAAAAUUUGACGGGAAGAGAUUGGGACGAGAUGGGGCGUGUAUUGACCUUUGACGCGUUUGUUCUCUCCACUUUCGCAAUCACACGGUCUUACGUACGCGCAUUGGAUGCUCCUCGAGCAAUGAAAGAUGUGCUAUCCGAUUUAUCCACAUCUCCAAAAGAAGAGAUGUUCCCUCUACACUGCUAGCACGUACAGAGUCUACUUGUGAUGAGACGGGGUGUAUGGGUGUGUACUUCGCUAUCCCUCUACGUUCUUCAGUAAGACCGUAAGAGAGAGACGUGGAAUGGAUUCAGUUUGGUGCGUUCCCAAGUUGUGGCCUUGUAGCUCAGUAGGUCGGGUUUGAAUCCUGUCAAACCUGAAUUUUUCCAGACUUCUCUGAAAUUGCUUUAUUUAAAACUCACCUGCGAGGAUCAUUACGCUACUUCUUAAUCAUUCGCAGGUGAAAAUGCUAUUUACUUUAUUUAUUAAAAAAGAGAAAACCGAUACUCAGUUCCGAAACAUCUUUUUAUUUAAAAGAUAAGAUAUUUUGUUCAAUCGCGCACAGUAAGACAGUAUGUUCCUUAAACUGUGAAAUUGGGAAAUAUAGAAUGUAACAUGAUGGUAAGGGAUUUGUGGUAAAGCUGCUUCGAAUUGAAAAUCCACUAACUUGGGUCGGUUUAGAGACUCGGGGAUCUGCGAGGAUCAUUAUAUGAGACGUAGUUUUUGUAUCAUUGUAGAUCAACAUACCAUUCAUUUGAUUUAAUUGUGAGAGAGAAAAGCGGUCCUCAAGUCCGACAAAUCAGCUCUUAUCUUUCGUACAAUCGUGCUCUGUGAACUUUUAAUUAAGGAAACCUACAGUGACAAAUGAUGGGUAAGGGAUUUUUGACAAAGAUCCAUCGAGUUGAAAAUCCAAUAACUUGCGACAGUUUAGAGGCACAAUUACGUAAUCCAAAUAAAGGGAAUUUACAUUCAUAAGCAAGAUACUUGAUAUGAAGUUUACUUUUCUCUAAACGUCAAUAUGCGUAGUGUGGGAUCCUUUUUUGAGGUCAAAUCGCAAGCCGACGUUUUACUGACCUUGAAAAACGAUUCCUAUGCAAAAACAUUGUUUCUGAUCUUUCGACUUCAUACUUAUCAAACUAAAGGGAUUUUGGAGUGACUCAGUGGUCUCACUUAAGCUUGUAUUUCACCAUUCAUCUUAAAAAUAAUUCAACGACAUUUUAUACGCGUAGACCGAGGGCAAUCUUGCCACGACCAGUGAAACCAAAUACGCGAGGAAACCUAGUAUGUCGUUUGCAUGCCGUGUGUAACAGUUCAAACUGAUUUGAUGCAUGUAGGGUCGCCCUUUGACACAUUGUCUAUUGUUUCUAAAAUCGUCGCGGUAUUAUUUUUACAUGGUCUGGGUUUUAGAUUUUAUGCCGUGCUUAGUGUCUCGAAGAUUGCACCAUCUUAAGUUGGUGUUGGUUUCUCUGGGGACAUACCUUGGUCUUGCCUGAAGUAUUAAAUUGUUAACUACGUGCAGUUACUGACUUUGGAUUGCCUGGCGCAAUGUUAAGCAAGUGACAACAAGUUCAAGCCUGCACGCACGGAGACAGCCGCCCCAAUCCGCCCCUAUCACCGCUGGUUCACUUUACUGUGCGUUCCAAACGAUUUACUUGGAAAGAAGAGCAAUAAUUAUCGCCUUAUGUGAAAGCUGGAUAGAAUUUGAAGGAGUGCAUCGAUUGUGUGCGGAAUAAUUCAACCGAGUUUAAUAUGCAAUAAUUGACUCUGUCGCGAAAGGUUCUUUGAUGUCUAGACAGCCAAGAAAAAAAAAGCCAAUUUGUUUGUUUUAAUCGUUGGAGUAAACUCGGCUUAAGGCAUGUUCCACACGACAACGACGACAAAAACUGAUGGAAGCUAUUUUAAAACGAAGAAAAAAGUCAUUUUCCUUUUAAUAUCCGGUGUGUUAUUAAUCGUCCUUGGCACUGUGAGUCUCUGCAAAGCUGUUGCAUGGAUACAUUCCAUAAUCGACUCGAAGCUUGUGAUUAAACCGAGCUCUCCUAUUUACCAGCAAUGGAGAUCACCAACUGUCCCUGUUCUAAUGCAGUUCUAUGUGUUCAAUGUAGAGAAUCCUAUGGAAAUGAAGCAGGGCAACCGUCCUUGUGUUAGUCAGAAAGGACCGUAUAGUUACAGAGUAUACCAGACGAAGGAAAACAUUACAUGGAACGAAAAUAGCACUGUAUCCUAUAACAAAUUUACCAAGUAUGUCUUCGAUGUCGAUAGCUCGUGUUCGUCUUGUAAUCCUCACACUGAUAAUGUCACGCUCCCAAACAUACCGCUUGUUAUUCUUUCCCAAGUUUCAAAAAAAUAUUCCGGUGCAUCUUUGAUAUUCAGCAUGAUUUUCGCUCGUUUCAAGGAAGAGUUCUUCAGGGUUAACACAGUUGAAGAGUUACUCUGGGGAUACAAAGAUCCCGUGUUUGAGUUUUUUGCUGACCUCAAGCGAAAAUUUCAUUUGUCUUUCCUUCCGGAUAUUGAUCCUAUAUUCCGAAUGAUGGAGAAUAAUACUUACGAUGGCGUUACAACCACUUACACUGGAGCAUCAGAUAUCAGCCGUGCUGCAGUUUGGACUCGAUGGAAGGGAAGAUCUGAUGUAGGUUUGUGGAAAUCUCGUUGGGCAAACAUGUUCAAUGGAAGCGAUGGCAUGCAAUUUCCACCUCAAACCAGUACAGGAGACAUUCUCUAUGCGUUUUACGUACAACUCUGCAGGUCCAUGAGCUUUGUUUUUGACUCUCACACAAAUAUUGAUAGUGUGAAGACAUUGAGAUUUACGAACCCAGAGGAACUGUGGCAGAACGCGAGCGUGAACCCGGCCAACAAAGGCUUCUGUCCCAAUGGAUGUUUUCCAAGCGGCAUUCUCGAUGCAAGUGUUUGCAAAGGCCCCUCUGCCGGUUCCGUACCAGCCAUUGUGGCGUCUCAACCGCAUUUUUAUCAAGGCGAUCCAUCUCUUGUAAAAAAUGUUGAAGGCCUUAACCCAGUCAAAGAAGAACACGGCACCUUCUUUGACAUUGAACCAAAUUUUGGCCUUCCUCUUCACCUGAGUUUACGGCUUCAACUCAACUUGAAUAUUGAACAUGUAAAAUUCCUGGUGCAAAUGGCCGGUGUAAAGGAGGUGAUCUUGCCCAUAAUGUAUUUUAACAACACCGUGAAAGUGGAUGCGUCGUCUGCGAACAAAAUGAAGAGUGUAUUGAUUGCCAUGAAAGCUGUCCCUUUUGUCUCUGUAGCGUUGAUUUGCAUCGGAAGUAUUGAAGUUGUUGUUGCCAUUUGUUGCAUUAUAUCCAAGAAAUUGAAAUAUAAUAAGCAUGCAAUUCGCGGAUUGUCAAGCUUAAACAGCGAAACAGAGCCACUUGUUACUUCAAGGAGAUAAAGUUCAAUGGAUAAUACCGAAUAUUUUCGUUACGUCUCCGUAUGCACUGACAAUCGCGUGUUUUCAACCUUUCUAACUACCUUUAAGGGGAAAGGGGUAGGCCGUGCAUGGGGGGAGAACCCCCUUCACGGUCGUACCCUAGUCUCCUUCGUUUGCACUUUGAUUUCCUUCUUCCUACCUCAGUUGUGAGACAAUUAAAAAUCAAAUGACUCCCAAAUGUUGGUCUUGAUGCAUUUCCCUUCCGUUUGUUACCUAUUGUUUCUAUUCCCCUCCCCCUCCAAAUUUCCUGUAACAGUUUCUUGUUCAAACUUCAGCUCUUUGUAUUUCUUCAAUGUCACAUUACUGGAGGGAAGGGGGUGGGGGGAAAGGGCGGGAUGAUGACCAACACACCGAAUUGAUUGGCUAACUACCCUAUUUAUCGAUUAAGCGCUUAACCGAUCGGUUUCCAGUCUCCUUCGUAGCUUCUCUUUUCGAUGUCACGUAGCGCUUCCCCAUAAACCAUUGACAUCCCAUAGAGACUAAUAGAUUGCUCCUUUAAAAAAAAUGGCCCGGGUAUGCGGUUGGUUGGGUAAAUGUUUGAUUGAUUCAUAAGGUUGACUGAUUCACCGAUCGUAAAGCAUAUGAAUUGACAGCGUGAAAACUUGAAAGCGAGCCAAGAAUAUGCAACUCUGCACUUGCCAGUUGUUCUUCACAAUUGUCAUUUGUUUUGCAUAUCUGAAAAUCAGGGGCGGCAUGUGCGCAGUGAAAGCUUGAAAGAUUUUGCAAAGCCACUGACAGUGGUUCUAAUUACAUCCGAAGGGUCUAGUAAAAUUUCUUAUACAGAAAUGACCAUGAAUAUUUCUAGGAAUAAAAUAAAAAAAUGUUGUAGAAUUGAUUAAACCUAUUGUGCUACGAAUAAUUAGCUACUGUUUUCUCUCACAACGGCGAAACAAAACAACCCCACCUACAACAACACUAAGAACAAAAACACCAUGAUGGAGCUUUGGAUGUACAAUUAGGUGUUGAUAUUGAAUUAGGUGCUGAUAUUGUAAGAGUCAAUAUUGUUGCUUUGCCUAUUUUUGAGGAGUUGGGAGCUAGUCCUGGGAUGUCCGAGAGUGAUUGGCAUGUUAAGUCUCCUGGGAUUUCUUAUUACAGUCAGGAAGAAAGGUUACGAGAAAGCAGAAAGAUAUCUACCCAACCCUUUAACUCCCAAGAUCUCAAGAGUAAUUCUCUUUACUGUCUGACAUAUAGUUCUUAUGAUGUCAAUUUGGAGAAUUUGGCAUUGGAUCAACUAAUAAUCCCCUAAUUUAUAUUUUACUUUAUUCUCUUCUCUUCUAUGCUUGAUAUUGUAUUGAUAUUGUAAGGAGAAAUUCUCUCACUCAUGGGAGGGAAAGGGUGAAGAGUAUGGUCUCUAAAAGAUCAGAUCGUGGGUAUGAAAGAGUGAAUCGGCGAUAAGGUAGUAUGUAAACCUCGGCUGUGAAGUCCACAGGGGAGUUCUUUGACCUCUUUGGUACGAAGGUAGCUUUUACUGCAGAAUAUUUUGUGGUAAAUUGAGUUAAAAAUAUCUUAUUUGUCCUACAGAAACGAAAUCAUGGUACUUUUGUCUCGAGAAGACAUCUUUUCCUCCCGCAAUAAUUUAUCUCUGCACGAAGAAGAGCUUGACGUGAACAGGUUGGAUUACUACCAGGUGAACACCAGGAAUUGCAGAUCAAACGCAUCAGUUAAACGAUUAAACACGUUAAUUACAUAAAACAAUAAUUUCACCACGAACAAGAUAAUUAUGCAUAAGGAUUGUUCAUUACCGAGGGAAAAAGGAAACAGUUUUGUCCCCCACGAGGGGUCAAAUUGGUUUUCGUGUUCGCAUGCUUCUCCUCAGAGCCACAGAUAAAUCAAUUAGAUCAUUGAGUUAGACCAUAACCUACAGGCACGUUUAAUAAACGUUCUGUCUACGGCUAGGAUUAGCAAUAGUGGAAGUCUAGUCUGUGUUAAUUCAGUAGCAAAGAUGGUGAUGUGAUUUUUUAUCUUGCUGCUUUUAUUUUUUUUUUUUAUCUUGAGUUCGAUUCCUCGCGGGGGGACCUGGAUUUGUUUGUUGUUCCACAUUUAUGAUCAAACUAGUGACAGUUUUUUUCGUUAAUCGUUUAUCAACUGAUGAAAUACCAUCGAAUAUACAUUUUGCAAUACUGUAAGAUAAGUUUGUACACGGCUAACUUUCUUUCUAGCGUAGUGUUUCCACUGAAUUCCUUCUCUCCAUGCUGUUGUAGAUGCACCAGGGGUAUCAUCGUGAUGCUGAAGGACUAAAUGCCCAGUUGGAGCGUUACGCUGGGGAGCCGCGUUUCCAAGAGAUUUUUAUUGAUCUGGUAUGUAACGCAUUCAAAAAGAUUAUUGUCAACCGUGUAGAGUUACAAAAAGAGGGCAUAUUGACGUGUUUUCCUGCUCUCAGCGACAGUAAGAUGUCACUUGGUUACAUCGCAAAUAUCUUUACUUGUUAUCAGGGCUUCUAUUCAUUCUCUUGUAAGUUAAACGUUUUCGGAAUUAGAAGGCCAUUUGAUGGGUUUUUCCUGCUCUUAGCUAUACUAUCACAUUACCUUUCUCCGUUCAGGAGUGACAGUGGGUACUGGCAAAUUGUCGAGGAAACAUAGCAAAGAAUUGGUUAUUACGUGAGAUGGAGACCAUCCAACCAAGGGAAAGGUUCAGUAACCUUACGCGCUUCAUGUAGCGAAAACCGGGAUAAGCUCUGGCCUUUAUUGGCGAUCGUUUCGUUGUUAAGACUAAACAAACUUUAACAGUGUUAUUUUCUCUGUUUUAAUUAUUUCCAGUCUCCUUAUGUGAACCACUCGGCCCCAACUGUUCAGGAGACAUUCUCUCUUCACCGAACGUAUAUUAUAUUCCGAACACUAGGGUUGAGGUAUGUGGUAGUCUAGAAUUGAAAUAUUUCAACUAAUAUGAUUAAGCCUAUUCAUCUCUUCACCGUUUGGAAAAUUUAAAAGUCAGUGAGCUAUCUCCUCCUUUACCCGCCGGGCCUGCCCCCUACCCCGAGAACUUACUGAUGCGCUUACGAUAUCUCGGUACGAAAAACUUAUUUGGAUUAACUUUGUAUGAAUUCUCUUUCUUUUUCACAGGCAUUUGACGGUUGUAGACCAAAAGAAUAGGUUUGUCGUAAACUAUAAAACUAAUUUCUUUUCUUCUUAGCCGAGUAUGACUAUCAUCAGCGACACAAUUUUUUUUAAAAUUUUGCAUUGUCAGAUGUAGAAGUUUUUCCAGCUUUUUUGUCAAAUGAAUUGCGUCUUGCGUUUCGCCUAAAACAAGGCAUCAGAAUUUCGUCACCUAAUCGGUUUUUUCCUUUAUUGUUUAGUUGUUUCCUCGUUAUCUUAGUUUUUCCAGCAGAUAAAUUGGUUAGAACAUAUAAUCCUUCCAAAAUAUUUUCCGUAAGAGACAUCGCCGCCUCCUGUGCAUCGUAAUAAAGAAUUCAGUUGAAUUUUAACAGUUUGCUACUUUCAAUCUGCUUUGAUUUUUUCUAUCGUCGGCCAUCUUUGUGUCUCUGUAGCUCCAUUACGGUGCACCGCGUUGAAGUUCAUCUAAGUUACUCUAAUCUUUUGUCUUGCCUUAGGGUGCGGGGAAUAAUUACGCGUAAAGACCUCAUGGGAUUCCAGAUGGAGGAACGAAUUCACAAGUGUCUUCACAACCCGCACCAGGCCCAAGAAAUGCAGUCACCGAGCUCUUCAUCAGGGCACCGGCCGAGCGUAGAGGCUUGAAGCGACUCCUGUUAAUUUUCAGUUUGAUCGAUUGGACUAGACAUUUCGCGUUUGGUUCGCGUUUGCGAACCACCUUAACAGUGGAUCAGUCACAGGCAAAUCUAAAACCAAUCGCGACCUUAUGACUCACGUUUUCUUGCGCCUCACGAAGUUGGGUCGUUUUUAACCAGAUUUUUUCCAUUGACGCCUAUUGAUAUUUUCCUUCGUUUUGAUUGGCUGUUGCGAUUACUUCGUUUUCGGUUUUUCUGCGCAGCCAAUCGACAAGUGUGCUAAUGAUGCAAACUUGUUCUCCUUACAAAUUCAUCACUGCGAAAACUAAGGGAAAGUUUAGGAAUCAAAUUUGGAAACCUGUCCCUAAGGAAUUAGGCUGACAAGAGGAAGGAAUAAAGUAAGCUGAUGCUACAUUUACUUUAGCAAAGUUUGCUUGUCCAAUGACAGUUCACACACCCGUAGGUGAUCAAUAUAUCGUGUUUUCUGAUUGAAGGGUUUAAGUAAGAGAGGACGUUGUUCUUAGUGUUUUCCUUUGAAAAGCAAUGGAAAGUAUCAUGUACUCUUUAUUCGUAAGGUUGUUCAACUUGUAGACAAAACUUGAAAUGACUAUGGCCAACGCAUUGAUGUAAUUUGAGAUUUAGUAAUGGAUAGAUAUUUUGAUAUUUUUAUUAGUUUACUCUGAGAUUGGUCUAAAAAUGUUGUAUUAGUCGUGAAAAACUGGCAAAAUUAUUUUUUUAAGAUUUAGAAAAGUUUAUAAUAUCGCCAGGUAUUUACUGUUAUACCUGUUUUACGAAAGAAAGAAAAAUAAGAAUUGAAUAGUUGAAAAAGUGAAUUAUGUUUAGAGUUAUUUUAUCUUGUAAGUUUUACACAAACGAAAUCAUACUUUUUCU